UGAAGGAUGAUAACAUAGGUCUAGAGGAGGAGCCAACAUGUCUUUCAACACUGGGAGUUUUGUUGGAAAGUUGAUAGAACUGAACAACAGUCAGCAGAGUAUACAGACACUGAGUGGUUGGGCUAUACACCAUCGGAGAAAUGCUCAGCAGAUAGUAGAUGUCUGGUUUCAACAGCUCACCAAAUCGCCAAAGGAACGGAAGCUGUUGUUCAUGUUUCUUAGCAACGACAUUAUUCAGAACAGUAAACGAAAAGGAAAUGAGUUUACUCAGGAAUUUUCCAGAGUUUUACCUGAUGCCCUCUCCCACACCUACAAGAGUGCUGUCGAAGACUUAAAAACAAUAAAACAGAUCGACAGAAUCCUGCAGAUUUGGAAAGAAAGAGAGAUAUUCGGUAAAGACUUUAUAGAUAAAUUACAAUCGUAUCGACCCAAGGGGCUGCGGAGUGAGAGUCAAUCUGAAGAUACCACUGACGGUACUUUAAUGUCUCCAACUAAGAAGAGAAUACGAUCAACUUCUGAUUCUGCCCCAGACCCUGAUACAGUUAUAAGAUCGCUGAUUAACUUGGAGCGAGGCAGUGCACUUCAAGACACCAGAAUAAAACAACAAUUCUCUACCAUUCCCAAUGAAGUUUGGAACGUACAAGCUGUCGAAAAGAUAACUGAUAGAAAACGUCUUGAAACUUUAUUAAAAUCAGUUGAUAGCAGUUACGAAUUACUGUCCCAACACAGAAUCAGACUUCAGACGGAGUUCCAAGAGCGAAACAAAGUGGCAGCAAUGCUGAAAGAGUUCGUUAUGCAUCAAAAAGAGCAGCUUCGUAGCGUAGAAAGUAGACUAACGGAGUACCAAGGAAAAUUACAGAAAGUCCAAGCAGUGCGAUCUCAACUGCAAUCCCACCUGAACAGUCUUCCAGAUCUGACGACCGUUACCAAACUAGAACCCCUUCCAGAGCCAGGAUCAUUGUUCGGGGCUCCUGAUGAUUGAACUCACUUAUUUAUUGCAGUGUAAUCUACUUUUUGUUUAUGACCUGGUAUCGAGUCACUUUCAGUUACUGGAUGAUUAUAAAUCAAGCGAAGUUCCAAGGGCUUUAUCCAAUCAAGACCAAUAUAAUAUGUUGACCGUUUAUUGUUUAUGAUCAUUGAUUGACGUUGUGCACCAAUCACAGUUUAAAGAUGCAUCAAACUAGGAUGAUUCCAGGCCAAUCCUCUGUAUGUCGGCUGUGCAGAAUGGAUUGCUUAACCGGUAUUUUGUUUAGCUUUAAUGUCUCAAAUCUAACUUUAUGAAUUAUUAUUUAAUAUGAAUUUUCAUUUAACAUGUGCUA